UGGCGUUUUGGUUUUGGAUAAAAAUUACGUAAAAUAAAAACACAAAUCACCAAUCCCUGAUGUGUUUAGGACUUCACUGGCUAACAUUGGGCAUCCGACGGCUUGAAGCAUAAUCGAAUAUGUUCAGGUUCGCAAUUAAAACUGGCCUUGCUGGUGGUGCCGUGUAUUACAGCAAACAGGAGGGCAUAUGGGACGAAAAUACUGAAAAGGUAUGUGAACGAUACUCUAUCGCCCUGAAGCCACAUCUGGAUUCUGUUAAGAAGCAAAUUCCUUUGGAUAUACCUGCCCUUCCUUCCAGCGGCGAGCUUUGUUUUUUGACGAAACAUUACUACAAUGAAGGUGUGAAGAGUACGUUCCACUUCAUCCAUCGGCUUCCUUGCUACGCAGGGCAGUUGGUAAAGAAGGGCUCGGAUGCCUUCAAACAGGCAUUAGAUGCACAGCCGGCUGAGAAAGCGGAACCGGGUGCACCGGUAGUAGCAAUGACAAAGAAAUAGGAACAUGACCACUGCAAGUUUGAUCGUUAACUGUUGAUUACAUGAAAUAAAAAGCGGGUUGUAAUCGAAA